GUGGACAAGAACAUGAUAAACAACUUGCUGUUAACACCCCUGUCCCAUCCUGAGGGAGAACCUUGUGCUCAUCUUUGCAGUCCAGAUGAUGACGGCAUCUUCCUCGGUGAAGACAACUGCCCGUCUUACAGGCAGGACAACACUUUUCCCGGCCCUCUGCUAAGCAAUAAAAUGCAGCUAGAGGAACUGAUCCAUUUUAUCCAGAUCAAAAUUCAGGAGUGUCUACAGCAUGCGGAUAAACCUGACCAAAAGGAGACCUAUUACUUCUGGAAGAUUAUGGAGCUGCUCUGCUGUAAGAAUGGAAAGGUACUGCUGGCUGAUGUUGGCACACUCCUCUUUAGAAACUACAGACUUCUGAGAAAGAAGCUCAGGGCUAUUAAGGCCCAGGAUAGCUGGUGUCUUUUGCUAGCUCGACUUUUAUGCUCUGCUCUUCCAGUAGACGAGCUCUUAAAGGCUGUAGUUGAAAUGGGACAGAUGCUCGACUGUGAAGGACUGACAUACUCAGCCCAUGUCUGUUACGUGGUGGCAAUGAGGAAGCUGGAAUCAUGUCAAGGAUUUAGCUUUCUUUUGAUCGGCUGUAGCAGAUUUCCAGUUAACCACCCAGCCUUGAGGGAGGCUAUUGAGCGAACUGAGAUGUAUGAAUAUGUUUACUGCAAGAUCUUUGGGUUUGCCCAGCCAAACUUUCAGAUCUACAAGUACUAUCACGCCAGCAAGUUAGCCGAGUUUGGCUUUCGCAGUCAAGCCUUUGAGUACUGCAAGACCAUCGCCAGAGCAAUCACCACAUUCCCUCGAGAAAUCACCAAGAGCACAUUGGAAAUGACCAUAAAGCUGUGUGAGAGAUUACACCAAGGAAAGGGAAAAGAGCCAGAGUGGCUCGCAGAUCUUCGUCGGCUGCACACAGACAACGUGUUUAAGGAUGUAGAAUCUGGUGUUGCUCACCAUCCUCCGCAUCUGGAAAGCCACGUUACAUCAUGGGUCUUUGAGUCACUCUACACUCUGGGAGAGCUGCUAGGAGAAGGAGGAUUUGGGAGCAUCUGUGCGGGAGUUCGUAAAGCAGACGGAAAACAGGUUGCCAUUAAAUAUGUGGUCAAGGGUGAGCAUGACAUCUUCAUCACCAUGCCUGGGGAAACACAGCGCCUCCCUAUGGAGGUUGCACUGAUGGAAAUGGUCUCCAAGCCAUUCCAUUGUGACAAUGUGCUGGAACUGAUCGAAUGGUUUGAAAUGCCUGAUUGCUUUAUUUUGAUUUUGGAGCGACCCAGCCCCUGCGUGGACCUGCGGCAUUUUGUGCAUAGUCACAAAGGGCGACUGUCGGAACCACUUACCCAGAACAUCAUGCGCCAGGUCGUUCAGGCUGCUCGCCAUUGCUGUGAAUGUGGUGUCCUUCACCGUGACAUCAAAGCAGAGAAUCUUCUAGUCAACACGGACACUCUUCAAGUCAAGCUCAUAGACUUUGGCUGUGGCGAUUUGCUGAAGGACACCCCCUACACUGUUUAUGCAGGAACUAGAGUUUUCUGCCCACCCGAGUGGUUAUGUGAGGGGGAGUACCAUGGUCUUCCUGCUACAAUCUGGGGCCUGGGUAUUCUGCUCUACGACUUGGUGUGUGGAGAUGUGCCGUUUCAUCACGAGGAGGACAUUGUUAACAGGAAAAUAAACUUUGCUCCUGGUGUGUCUGGAGAUUGCAUCAAUCUGAUUUUAUGGUGUCUGUCAAGAUAUCCUCACGUACGGCCGACGUUUGAUGAAAUCCUCAGCCAUGCAUGGUUUACGGAACCUCAGAACCCCCAGACUGUCAAGAACCCAGUUAAUAGUGAGAUGCCUGCUCUACUGCAUCAUCCUGAGGACAGCCAUGUUACCCCAUGGGAGGUGUUUGAGUCAUUAUAUACUCCAGUAAAGCUGCUGGGAGAAAGAGGCUUCGCAACUGUGUGUGCAGGAGUGCGGAAUGCGGACGGCAAAAAGGUUGCAAUUAAAUAUGUGGGAAAGAGUCAGAAGGACAAAUUCAUUACCAUUCCUGGAGAGACACAGCGCCUUCCUCUGGAGGUUGCACUGAUGGUUAUGGUCUCCAAGCCAUUUCACUGUGACAAUGUGGUGGAACUUAUAGAAUGGUUCGAGAUGUCAGACUCCAUCAUCUUAAUCUUAGAGCAGCCCAGCCCCUGCACAGACCUCAGCCAAUUCCUAAAAGGUCACAAAGAGCGACUGUCAGAACCACUGGCCAAGCAUAUCAUGCGCCAGGUGGUCCAGGCUGCUCGCCAUUGCUAUGACUGUAGUGUCCUUCACCGUGACAUUAGGGCAGAGAAUCUUCUCAUCACUACUGACACACAGAAAGUCAAGCUUAUUAACUUCAGCUGUGGUGAUUUGCUGAAGAACACCCCUUACACAGAAUAUGAAGACACUUGGGCUUUCUCCCCACCUGAGUGGGUACAUGAGGGGGAGUAUCAUGGUGCUCCUGCAACCAUCUGGAGCCUGGGUGUUCUUCUCUUUCACUUAGUCUGUGGACAGCUGCCAUUUCAAAAUGAGGACAAGAAUGUCUAUAAUAAGAGGCACUUCGAUCCUGACCUGUCUGAAGAUUGCCACAAUCUGAUAAUGUGGUGUCUGGAGAAGGACCCUGAUGCUCGACCAACCUUUGAGGAAGUCCUCAGCCAUCCAUGGUUUAAAUGCCUUCAGAACUAAAUCCAGGUUAGACAGCAAGAAAACUAUAGUGCUAAUUUAAAAAAGCACUAUUAAUAGGUUAGCUGAUGCCUUGUUUAGCAGUCACUUUGUAAGCACUUUUUCUGUACCUUGCAUCUCCUGGGUCCAGGUUUGACUCGGGGUCUAUGUGCAUGAAAAUGUUUGCAUUUUUUCCUGUGCUUGGUGGGUUCCUCUGGGUGCUCCAGUUUUCUCCCACAGUCCAAAGGCAUGCAGAUUACGCUAAUUUGUGACUCUUGACCGGAGGUCAGACCAUGGUUGCAAAAUGAGAAUAAACAUAAUAAUAAUCAUCAGUCCAAAUUAUAUUGU